AUGGAAACUUCCUACAUCUGUGAAAGAUACAUUCUUGAUGAUCGACAAUUAGAAGAUGUUUUUCACAUGCUCGACUUAGAUAAUGAUGGUCUUCUAGGACGUUCAGAAAUUGGAGCUUUACUUAGACAAUCAAACUGUGAAUCUAGUAGUAAGGAGUUAAACUAUAUUUUUGAUGAAGUUGAUACUAAUGAACAUGGUAAAAUAAACGAAAAUAGCUUUAUGUCUUUCAUGAAACCACCAAAAAAUCAGAAUAUCACAAUUAGUCAAUUAGAAGAUAAAUUUGACAAAUUUGCUUCUAAAGAUGAAUCUAUCAAUAUCGAAGAUAUGAAAAACAUUAUCAAAGAACUUGACUUUCAGCAUGAUGAUGAUCAUCUUUCAAAUACUUUUAAUGCUGCCGAUACUAAUAAAGACGGUUUGAUAAAUUUUCAUGAAUUUGUCCUUAUUUUAAGAAAAAUUCGUUUUUGUUGUUGA